AUGGAGAGGCACAAAUGCAAGCUUUGCUUCAGGACAUUCGCCAAUGGCAGAGCACUAGGUGGCCACAUGAAGGCUCACAUGGCCACCCUUCCCCUUCCUCCGAAGCCUGAACCUCUCUAUGAUGAUUCUGCUUCCUUGUCGUUUUCGUCCUCAGAAGACGAAGAACAAGAAGAAGCACUGUCACACAGAGAAUCGGAUGAAAAGGCUCUGAUUUAUGGGUUGAGAGAGAAUCCCAAGAAAAGUUUCAGGCUUGCAGAUCCUGAGUUUUCUUUCCCAACUGAUACUGGUGGUUCUGUUGUUGUCCAAGACAGAGAGAGCGAGACCGAGUCAAAGAACCCAACUCGCAGACGAUCCAAGCGAACCCGAAAAAUCAAUCUCGGCCAGAAUUUGGAACCCAAGAAGGCUAAACUGAGUUUCAUGGAGUCACCACCACCACCACCACCGAUGGAGCCUGAACCGGUGAGUUCUGUUUCUGACGCUUCCCCAGAUGAAGAUGUUGCCAUGUGCCUCAUGAUGUUGUCGAGGGACCAAUGGAAGAGGAAGAGGAAUAUUGUGGAAGAAGAAGAAGAAGAAGAAGUUCAGAGAUCAGUUGAAAAGUCAAAGGGAUUGGAAGAGGUAAAGUUAAGAAGAAUUAAGGGGAAGCAGCAGUGUCAGAAAUGUGGGAAAACAUUUCGAUCUUCUCGGGCAUUGGGAAGUCACAAAAGCAUAUGUCUUCGUGAUGAAGCAGAGGCUGCAAGUGCAGGUAAUGAUAAAAUCUUUGAAUGCCCAUUUUGUUAUAAGGUGUUUGGGUCAGGUCAAGCACUUGGUGGCCACAAGAGAUCUCACAUCGUUGCAUCUUCAUCCUCAACUGCCAAUGAUUCUACUAGAUUGAAAAAGAGCUUUAUAGAUCUCAACUUGCCAGCUCCAGCAGAAGAUUAUGAUGAUGACCUUAGUGCUGUUUCUGAUGCCUAAUUUGCCUCGUUCAUUUAGCUUCAUUGA